GGUGGAAAUCGGUUACACGUGCAGCAGUGGUGGCAGUCGUUCGUCGACCGUGACGAAACGAACGUACUGUAGUUGUCUUACUAAGGCUAGCACGGUUCAUGCCAGCGGUUGCUCCAGUUUACACAUAGUAAUCCGCGUGGUAGGGCAGAAGGAACAAGUGUCCGGAGCAAUACAGGGAAAGCGAAAGAUGGCGGAGACGCAUCUAAACGUGCCAUAAUAGUGAUGCAGUGUGCGCGAGUGCUCCGAUCAUUGUUGGCACCGGACGUGAAAUUGUUCGUUAAGCGGAUAACGGCCAAAUGACAUGGGAAUUUGCAGUAGAAGACACUUUCUACUGACAAUAUGCAGCCUGCAACUAAUUACUACUAUAGAACGUCAAGUGUUCGACUUCCUGGGGUUUAUGUGGACCCCGAUACUGGUCAACUUCUUCAACAUUAUCUUUGUAAUUUUAGGAUUCUUUGGGGCCUUCCAAUAUAGACCUAAAUAUAUCAUUUCGUAUUGUAUGUGGAAUGUACUGUGGUUAGGAUGGAACAUAUUUAUAAUAUGCUUUUACCUCAAUGUUGGGAUACUGGACAAAGAUAGCGAUAUUCUCAAUCUCGGUACUGGCAGUUUCUCAUGGUGGUACGUAAAUGGACCAGGUUGCAAAGCUAUUUACGAUGUAACAGAACCAGAGUUUUUUCGACCCGCACGUCCUACUAAUGUUACGGACUGCGUGCUGGACUAUGAAGUGAUAGAAAUUUUACACGCUGCAACGCAAUGUAUCUUAGGUCUCGUGGCGAUUGUUGGGGGAAUCUGUCUUAGUAAAGUGUUCCUUGAGGAAGAUGAUAGUUUUGACUUUGUUGGAGGUGAUGACUUUGGGUUGGCUGGCCACACGCCGUUGCAUCCUAUGUACGUUAGCUACUCGGCUCUUCCACCACCCGCCUACUCCCAUAAAAAUUCCGCUCAGAGUAAUUAUCCGACCGAUACAGCUAGCUCUCAUCAAUCUGCCUAUCGCGAUUCGAGCUUUCCGAAACGUAGCGGCGAGAGGCUUUUGAGCGGCAAUCCCGCGCGCGGCAAGAGCAACGUCGUCGUCGGUUUCAGGAACGACACGGUUCACAGUACCAAUAGCCGCGCGUCUAGUCGCGAUUUUCAGAAUGUGGACUACGCGGCCGACUAUACGAAUCCGGUGGACCACUUGCAGCGGCCCGUGUCGCCCGUUUACGACGAGUACGACUCGUUAGACAGCGCGGCUAAGCUGAGGUAUCAGAAAAACAAGCUGUACUAUCCGCACUCGACCAAGUACAGCCCGGUCGCGCGCAUCAAGUCUCGUUCAAUCGCGGCGAAGCAAGCCAGACACCCCGCUAAACCUCGAGUCUUCACCGAUCAUGUGCGCGAUCCACCUCUGAGAUCGUUUUAUUCCGAUCCGAGAUUGGCUAUCGAUCAGACGCUCAGCGAGCAUGACAUGUCGUCGUCUCAGUCGAAACGAGAUAGCCGACCGUUGUCCUUGUACGCGAUACAAAUUAAGCGAAAGAAGAAGCAGCCGCGGCCGCUGUACAGCAUCGAGUACUCGCAGCCAGAGCCGCCGGUGCAGGAUGACAGCGUGUCGCCGAAACCGAUGACACCGCGCCGUGUGAAACGACGUUCUGUGAUCUCGCGGGAUGGCACGCGCCGUUCCGGCACGCGACGCAGCUCGGUGCGUCAAUCUCGCCGCAAGAACCCGGUGAACCGCAUCAUGGAUCACCAGGAGAGCUUGUACGCCAACACGGGUGCGUCGUGCAUCGGGAACUUGACGAAUCAGAACGUGAGCUCGCUGGCGCAGGGUACAAUCAAUUACGAUCGGAUCUCGGUCGGCUGGGAUCGCGAUCGAAACCCCGAUCGGAAUUGGCAGCCGGAGGCGGUGAACGUAACAGUGUCAUCGCCAAUCUUGUGGCCGCCGGCUAAGACCGGCCAAGACUCCUCCAACAACUAUUCGACCACGAUGUCCAGCUUUCCAGCUGGUCAGAGCCCGUCCACCGGCUGGGAUCAGCACGCGACCACCAGCUCUACUCGCAAUCUCACCGACAAUUGGCAGACGCCCAACGAGAUCAGCGCAAUGCAGUGGCAGGGUCAAAGCAAUCCCACGUUCCAGCAAACCAGUACGCAGAGCCUGAACGGCGAGGACAUGGAGGAGCUCUACAGCAAUCGCCCGGCCAGCGCCAGGUCCAGUUAUAGCAACUACCAUGGCGUCAGGGCGACGCCGCAGGUGCCGAAUCGCACCGACGUCGUCAGGCAGAGUCAACGGCAAUUUGUUCUCAGCGGACCGCCCGCUUAUCAGGACACAGUGAUUUAACAAUAUAGCGA